AUGCCGUACCCCGAGAAGUUCACCGGCUUCCAGGUCCACAGCCCUGAUACCUGGACCGAAUUCCACAAGAACGAGUUCGAGCCCAAGCCAUUCGGCGACUACGACGUCGACAUCAAAAUCCAGGCCUGCGGUGUCUGCGGCAGCGACGUCCACACCAUCAAUGGCGGCUGGGGCGACCAGCACUUCCCCCUGGCUGUCGGCCACGAGAUUGUCGGCAAGGCCAUCCGCGUCGGCCCCAAGGUCACCCUCAUCAAGGAGGGCCAGCGCGUCGGUGUCGGUGCGCAGUCCUACUCGUGCCUCGACUGCCGCCAGUGCAAGAACGACAACGAGACCUACUGCCGCAAGCAGCUCGACACCUACGGCGCCCAGUGGCCCGACACCGGCAUCGUCUCCCAAGGCGGCUACUCGUCGCACGUCCGCACACACGAGCACUGGGUCUUCCCCAUCCCCGACGCCAUCCCCACCCACGAGGCCGGCCCCAUGCUGUGCGCCGGCCUGACCGCCUUCAGCCCACUCGUGCGCAACGGCUGCGGCCCCGGCAAGAAAGUCGGUGUCGUCGGCAUUGGCGGCAUCGGCCACUUUGGCGUGCUGUUCGCCAAGGCCCUGGGCGCCGAGGUCUGGGCCAUCUCGCGCUCCCACGCCAAGGAGGCCGACGCCAAGAAGCUGGGCGCCGACGGCUUCCUGGCCACCGCCGACACGAACUGGGCCGAGGACCACGCCAUGACCUUUGACCUCAUCCUCAACACGGCCAACUCCACCGAGGACUUUGACCUCAAGACCUACCUGUCCCUGCUCGACGUCCACGGCCGCUGGGUCAGCGUCGGCCUGCCCGAGGGCGCGGGCUCCGCCAUCCGCAACCAGGACUUCUUGAGCAACGGCUGCUUCAUUGGCAGCAGCCACCUGGGCUCCCGCAAAGAAGUCCUGGCCAUGCUGAAGCUGGCCGCCGACAAGGGCAUCCACCCCUGGAUCGAGCAGGUGCCCAUUGGCGCCGACAACCUGUCCAAGACCCUGCAGCGCCUGCACAAGAACGACGUGCACUACCGCUUCUGCCUGACCAACUAUGAAGACGUCUUCGGCCAGUAG